AGCAACAGUCAGUGGCAGGGUCCAGUUAGUGUUUAAGAAAGAACACUCUUGGGAAGAAUGACGGGACAAAAGGUUGAACGUAUCCAGGAAUAACUUAUUGCCGUGGUCAAGGCAAGGCUAAAUGCUCGCUCAUGAGCAAUGGUGUGGAGGGAAGAGAAUCCCUCUGAGAGAUGCUUAAGGGCCACCUUCAGAAGGCUGAGGUUUCUUUUCCUAGCAGAGAGGGAAAGGGGACUCUCAGAGAGACCAGAAUUUCAGAAUAUUUCAGCACUCCCUGUGUCUUCCCAUUUAUGUACGGAGACAUAAUCUACUACAACUGCAUCUCUGUGCACAGCGAUUAUGCCUGGUGCUCUCUGGACAAGAAAUUCCAGGGCAGGUGGCGCUACUGCACGGGCAAUGACCCCCCGGUGUGUACCUUCCCUUUUCGCUUCAGAAAUAAAUACGUUCAGAAGUGCACCAAGGAAGGCUACAUUUUUAACCGGACUUGGUGCUCAUUGACCAGUAAUUAUGAUGCAGAUGGAAAAUGGAAGCAGUGCUCUCCUUACAAAGUAUAGUGAGUCUUGGUGUUCACGAAGGGACAGAAGUUACAGGAUUCAUAAGCUGCCUCUCAAAAUAGGUCUUUUCCCGGAUCAUUCUGACCAAUAAAGAUUGGAUCCCUCUCCCACGUGGAUGACUCCUUCUCUGAAACCAGGCACAGCCGAAGAAGCUCGGUGGUGAUCAAUGCCUCCUUGGCCCUGGGGGCGGGGGACCAGCAGGGCAUCUGUGGGGAAGAACCUGCAUUCAAAUCAAGGUCCUGAUGAAUCGCUGACGGUAUCCUCUUUGGCAAGUUAACUAAACUCUCAAAAGAAACUCCAGCUUCCCCUCACACAACUCUUGAAAUUAUUAAUUAAGU